AUGGAGAAACGCCCCUUUGCCGUGCAUUCGCCAUUGCCUGGAGAAACGAUCAAAUGGCUAGAAGGCUUAUUCAACUGCUACUGGACCAUCCUCUGCCAGCCUGACGGAAUGUCCGCCAUCGAGAAGUCCCGAAGAAAUGAUGAUGGUCUUGUCCAAUAUUUGCUCGAUCGUAACGUCGACAAGCAGCCCAAAAAUGUCGGUCUUGAGCCAUUUGCUAUGACGGCAAAGUUUUCUAAACAGCGGCUUCAGUCUUCUAAAAAGUGGUCCUGGGAGCGUUUGGAUUUCUCCACUGUUUGCACAUCUCCACUUGAAGCUGUAAUUUGUUUCCUGGACUUUCCAAAGAGCCUUUCAUUUGCAAAGCUUUUGAUUGAACGAGGAGCAAUAAUCGGAGACCUUGAACUUACAAGAGCAGUCAAGGAGUAUCGAUGCUGUCCGGAACAUUUUGAAAUUCUUCAACUGUUUUUGGACAAUUUGUCACGGCAGCCCUGUGCUGUCCCAAAUGCCUUCGAGAAGGCUUUGCAAUACGAUCACAUUGUCUUUCUUGUGCGGCGCUUUUUAGAUAUUGGUCUUGAUCCCGGAUGCAAAGUUGUUGCCAACGGAUCCUCGGACAGUAUUUUCCUGUACCAACUGCACGGAACCAUUGAGUACGAAGUUCUCGAUUCUAUCCUUGAGAGAGCAGUCAUUUGGCGCGAUGGACGAGCACUCACCAGAGCCCUGAGUUACGGGCGCAAAGCCCUGGUGCAGGAUUUAUUGGAUGCCGGUGCGGACGUGAAUCAGGCGGUCCAGACCACGAUUGACUGUUAUCCGCCACUUUGGCUCGCGGUUGAAAGGCAGGAUAUCUCUCUAACACGGCAUCUGGUUGACCUCCGUGCUGAUGUAGAAUGGAGCAUCUUGUGGAACAAAACGCACAUUGUAAAGGUUCUUCUUGACGCAGGGGCAGACAUCAACCGACCAGCCUCGUCUCAUGUGCGGCUGAGUUUUGGGGGCGGAACAGCGCUCCAAUUUGCUGCAAUCAAAGGAUAUAUCGGUAUUGCUCGCAAACUGCUUGCAAAGGGAGCAGAUGUCAACGCAAAAAAGUCUUUGCGAAAUGGCAGAACAGCGUUGGAGGGUGCUGCGGAACAUGGUCGCAUUGAUAUGCUACAGCUGCUUCUGAAUGAAGGCGCAUCAAUUGAGGGAAAUGGCCGGCACCAAUACAUCCGAGCAAUCAAAUUGGCAGAAGAUAAUGCUGAAUUCGGUGCAGCAAAGCUACUCAGAGACCAUGGGGGUUGGACUGAGUGGGACGCAAGGCAAUAUGAGCAUGAGAAGUUUGAUUUUGAUGAGAACAUCUGGGACUCUCCGAUGUCAAUUCCGCACGACACGAGAACAGAGCAAGAUCAGACAUCACCGCUAUAA